AUGAUUCAAGAAUCAUCGGCCGGUAAAAGCUCCGAUGACAAGGAAAGAUGUGGUUUACCGGCAUCUCGGAAGCGAACAUUUACCGCCAUGGCCGGCACGAAUGAAAACGACGCCCAAUUAUCAGAGAACUUGGCCUCGGGGAGCUACGAAACCCAAACGCGAAGGCUGGGAUCGGUGAUGGACCCACGGCGAGGAUAUCAAGGGAAUGAAAGCCUCAUUCUCGUCGGAUUUGUUGGCGCCGGGAAAAGAACCCUUGGGUUGAUUGCGUCCGCAGCACUGCAACGGGAGCUGAUAGACUACGAUAUACUCUUUAAACAGACGACAGGCGUUCAACCGGGAGAUUAUAUCGACACAUACGGCCCCGAGCGAUAUCAACUCUUGGAAUAUGAGAUUACUACCGAUGUUAUUGAAAGAAAACGCACUGGUGCUGUCCUUGUCGGGUUCUUCAAGGUGCUUCGCGGCAAAAAUUCGAUGACACUUCGCGAACUGUGCAAGACAAAUCCUGUAAUUUUGAUCCGGCGCGAUAUAGACAGACACCCGGACUUCUUGCGUUAUCAAGAGAAGUUCACCCGUGCACAUCGCGUCAGCAACAUAUUGUAUGGACGAUACUCCAACUUUGACUUUUUCAACAUCACCCAACCCGAUGGAGAGGGAAUCAGGGCGCCGCUAAAGUUGAAACAAACAGAACGUGACUUCAAACGGUUCUUGAAUUCCGUCUUCGGGCAGUCGUCACGCCUCUUGCACUCGGCUGAUCCACUUUCUAUCUCAUACACCCAUGCAUUACAGGUCCCUUUAAGCUGGCUGGGGGAUGUCAAGUCGGACCUCUCGGAACUUGAAUGCGGCGCGGAUGCUGUCAAUGUAAUACUUGAUGGGGAUGUUGAGAACCCCAACACUCUUGCGCAUCGCAUAUCCAAGCACAUCUCUUUUCUGCGGCGACACACGAGACUGCCCAUCAUUUUCGAUAUCGGGACCUCUGAAAACCCCAACAACAAGUACUAUGAAGAUCUGUUGGAGAUUGGACUCCGACAAGCUCCGGACAUGGUCAUGGUCUCUCUGAACUUCACUGCGCAUGCCGAUACCCUAACAGCUGCGAAGGGUCAUGCUAAAAUAAUAGGCACUUGGCAUACAUCAACAUGGUCUCAUGUCUGGGAAACGACAGAAUGGCAAGCAAUGUACGAAAAGGCGAGAAUGCUGGGCUGCGAUGCUAUUCGGAUCACAUCUGCAUCAGGUUCCAUGCUCGACAACUUGGAGUGCCUCCGAAUCAUACACGCAGCAAACAAGUCACUUGAUAUACCAAUCAUCGGAUAUAAUACGGACGCACAGGGCCGGACUUCUGUUUGUUUCAAUCUGAUAUUGUCUCCCGUAGUUCUUCCGUCCAUGCCACACAAUGGCGUCACCUUACGACAGGCUCAACAGGCGCUGCAUUCAAGCUAUUUCCUCUCGAAGAAGCAUUUUACGAUUGUUGGGAAGACAGUCAGUUAUAGCCUGUCGCCGCACAUGCACAACUCAGCCUACAGCGCAUGCGGAAUGCCCCAUGUGUAUGAUUCUUUGCAAGUCGACUCUCUCUCAAGCGUUCAACGACUCCUCGAAGAAGGAAAAAGAGACGGAAUUGUCGUGUCACUCCCGUAUAAAACAGAUAUACUAAAAAUGUUGGACGAAGUGGAUCCCGAUGCACGUUGUAUUGGCGCCGUGAACACAGUCGUCAUUGAGAAGGACUACAUCAGUGAUCAGCCUAUGAAGAGACCUAUCUUGAAGGGUUACAAUACCGAUUACAUUGGGAUCAUGAACUGCAUCCAGCUCAACCUGUCUCCAGCAAAUUCUGUUAAACAAGGAACUAGCGCGCUCAUCAUCGGGGCUGGCGGAAUGGCGCGCGCGGCGAUUUAUGCUUGUGUUCAAGUCGGCAUACAAAACGUCUGCAUCUUCAAUCGAACAAGGGAGAACGCUCAUAAGCUGACCGAGUAUUACGAUGGUUUAUCGACAUCUGGUUGGGGUAAAUCUUUGUCAUUAUCUGUCCUGGAGAUAUUGGACUCUCCUUGGCCGACACAGCUGCGUCAGCCGACAGUGAUUGUAUCCUGCAUCGCCCCAGAUACGCCUGCUACUUUCUCUAUACCAGAAAAAUGGCUCUGUAGCAACACAGGUGGUGUGUUUAUUGAGCUAGCAUACACUCCCCUCGCUACGCCGUUUACUAAGCAGAUGCAGUCAAAGGUCUCGCGAGGAUGGAUUUUAGUCGAUGGUUCUGAAGUAUUGGUUGAACAGGGUGUUGCCCAGUUUGAGAUACUCACACGACGACCUGCGCCGGUUUAUGUCAUGCGAGAUGCUGUCCAGAGGAGGCAUGCUGCGGUUCAUUCCGGGUACCCUGGGAAUCCCUAG